AUGCAGUUCCGGAUUCCCGAGACCACUGCAGAGCUUCAACAGUCGUGCAAGACUAAGAAAGUUUAUCUCAUCGCACGCCUCCACCUCGAUAUCAUCAUCUUCUCUGAAAUCAUCGAGGGCAGAUGCAUCAUGGUCGAUUUCGUCUGCAGAGUUGCCCGUAUCACCAAUGUCCUCUUUCCUAAGAUGAAGAUUGCGAAUGUCGUUCAAUUCAAGAUGGAACGCAAUGGAGUCUAUGAUUUCGUUCGGGCAAAUGCAAGGAGGGUUUCUGUCCUUUUAUGUCCAGUUCGCGUCUGCCCGGGUGGAACUGGAACAUUCAUCUAUGCUCCCAAGGAACGGGUGAGGCAUUUGUGA